AUGGCGGAAGGGAAAUCGAAUGUUCGGCAGAAGCCGCUGGACGUGGUCAUAGUCGGAGGCUCGGUGGCGGGCCUGAUGGCUGGCAUUCUGCUAAAGCGACGAGGCCACAACGUUCGCAUCCUCGAGCAGGCCGAAUCUUCGCAGCGUGAAGGCUUGGCAGCUGGAAUAGGYCUAUCCUUGCAUGUUCGUCGCUUCUUCGAGACGGAGGAUCGCCUGGAUGAGUUAAUUGGACUUCCCAACGACGAUAUGCUCGUCGUAAAUGACCGGCUUGAAACGCUAUAUAAGAUACCAGUUGGGAUGCGAAUGACCACUUGGGACACUUCUUACUAUCGCUUGAGGGCCAAUUUUGAUGGUUACCAGAGCACUUACUGUCCUCGGCCGCCGCCUGAUGCGACCGACCGCAUCGAUGGCGAGGCGCUGUAUGAGACUGGAAGGAAGGUCGUGUGUGUGGAAGACAUCAAUGGGCGAAUGGUUGUGACUGCUCAAAACGUCGUUGCUAACACUACAGAGACAUACGAAGGAGACAUCAUCAUUGCAUCUGAUGGCGCAAACAGCAGCAUCCGGCGGCUUCUCAAUCCUCACCUUCAACGCGAGGAACCAGGCUACGUGAUCUGGCGGGGAACCGUGCRAACGGGAGAUCUCUCUCAGGAGUUUCUCGAUAAAAUAGAGUCCAAAGCAAUUCUCUGGUCAAGAAAGUACAAUUACUGUAUUAUCUACACCAUUCCCGGCGCGAACGGGUCUCUCCUUCCAGGCGCGCGGCAUAUUAACUUCGCCUGGUACUUUUGGCCCACAAGCCCUACGACAUCUGAGAUUAUGACCGACGUCUCGGGCCAUCAGCACAGGACCACGGUACCUAAAGGCCAGCUUCGCCCGGAAAUUUGGCAAGCGCAGCUUGUACAAGCUCGACGUCUGCUUCCGAAAGAACUGGCAGGGUUGCUGGAGCAUAUCCGUGAGCCAUUCGUCUCCAUAAUUUCCUCCGUCAGUUCUCCUCGAGCAGCCUACUUUAAUGACAGGCUUUUCCUCAUCGGAGACGCCCUUACACAGGUGCAGCCCAACCUCGGGAUGGGCACUAAUUUGGCUGCGCUGGGAGCGAUGAAAUUAGUAGAUGCCAUUGGAUCUGUGGGCGAGGGGCCAAUUAGCGAGCAUAAACUGAGGGAGUGGGAGAGGGACACCAUGCAAGAGUUGGAGCUAACGCGUGUGAGAAGUGCCGCGUUUGCAAGUUGGUUCAUGAACGGAUGGGCCGGGAUGGGCUGGUUCUAUGCGCGCUGGUGGUGGGUUUACUAUCGCCAGCGUUGGUUUGGAGUGUGA